CGCACUGGACAGAGGUGUUUGAGACCCUCGCCUGGCCUGUGGCCAGAGAGGAGUAAGGAGGUGCGGCAGAUCCCCCCAGGCAGUCCCAGGAGGCGAUCGCCGCCGUACUGCGCGCUCCGGUCCGCAGUCCGCAGAUCCCGGGUGCUUGCUGCUCUCUGGCGGCCGGAGCCGGGAGCCCGGGAGCCCCGGGACCCGAGAAUCGCGCCGUCUCCGCUCCGCGCGCCCAAGGGCACCAGCGAGUGACCGAGAGGCUGGGGAAAAGGGCGGGAGGAAGGGGGAUGCGGCGGAGGGGAAAGGAAAGAGGCCCGCGAGGGGCGCGGGAAGGGGCGAGUUGCUGACGGCGAGAAGAGAGGGCGGUCGUGGGUACCCGCGGCAGGGCAGGGGUGGCUGCCGCGGGGUGGGAGCGGGCGCCAGCGCCGCGACCCCUCCGGACUCCGGAAUUGCUGAUCGCCCGACUCGCGCUGCCCCUUCUCCCAGAGCGUGGGGCGCCCCCUCCCUCGGCGCCGGCCGCCCCCUCCUCCUUCCCUGCGCUGCCCCUCCUCCGUCCCGCCCCCCGCGCCCGGUCGAGAGCGCCGCAGUGGCUUUGCCUGCACUGCCCGGCCCCUGAGCCGCCGCUCUGCCCGCUCGCCUGGGCACGCUCAGAGAGCAGCGCGCAUCUCCAGCCCCGGCUCUCCGGUCCGACUCCGCCGCCAGCCUCGGGAGCCCCGGCCGCAGCCCCGGCCGGCCCCGCUCCGCUCGCGGACAGCGGCGCUGGGCGCUACAGGAACUCCGGCAGGACCCCGACGGGACCCGCGCGCCGGGCUGCAGCCGGAGCCCCACGGCUAUGCCCGGGGCCCCUCUCCUGGCCAGCCGCCUGUCCUGCGCCCGGGCCCGGCCCCCGACGGCCGCGCGCUGAGAUGACUUUCCGCGACCUCCUGAGCGUCAGUUUCGAGGGACCCCGCCCUGACAGCAGCGCGGGGGGCUCCAGCGCGGGCGGCGGCGGGGGCGGCGCGGGCGGCGCCGCCGCCUCGGAGGGCCCGGCGGUGGGCGGCGUGCCGGGAGCCGCGGCCGGCGGCGGCGGCGGCGUGGUGGGAGCGGGCGGCGGCGAGGACAACCAGAGCUCCGCCGGGGAGCCGGGGGGCGCGGGCGCGGGCGGCGAAGUGAACGGCACAGCGGCCGUCGGGGGGCUGGUGGUGAGCGCGCAGGGCGUGGGCGUGGGCGUCUUCCUGGCCGCCUUCAUCCUCACGGCUGUGGCGGGCAACCUGCUGGUCAUCCUCUCGGUGGCUUGCAACCGCCACUUGCAGACAGUCACCAACUAUUUUAUCGUGAACCUGGCCGUGGCCGACCUGCUGCUGAGCGCCACGGUGCUGCCCUUUUCGGCCACCAUGGAGGUCCUCGGCUUCUGGGCCUUCGGCCGGGCCUUCUGCGACGUGUGGGCCGCCGUGGACGUGCUGUGCUGCACCGCCUCCAUCCUCAGCCUCUGCACCAUCUCGGUGGACCGCUAUGUGGGCGUGCGCCACUCGCUCAAAUACCCCGCGAUCAUGACCGAGCGCAAGGCGGCCGCCAUCCUGGCCCUGCUCUGGGCCGUGGCCCUCGUGGUGUCCGUGGGGCCCCUGCUGGGCUGGAAGGAGCCCGUGCCCCCUGACGAGCGCUUCUGCGGCAUCACGGAGGAGGCAGGCUACGCCGUCUUCUCCUCUGUGUGCUCCUUCUACCUGCCCAUGGCCGUCAUCGUGGUCAUGUACUGCCGCGUGUACGUGGUAGCGCGGAGCACCACGCGCAGCCUCGAGGCGGGCGUCAAGCGAGAGCGCGGCAAGGCCUCCGAGGUGGUGCUGCGCAUCCAUUGUCGCGGAGCCAGCACCGGCGCCGCCGACGGGACGCACGGCCCACGCAGCGCCAAGGGCCACACCUUCCGCAGCUCCCUGUCGGUGCGCCUGCUCAAGUUCUCCCGCGAGAAGAAGGCGGCCAAGACGCUGGCCAUCGUCGUGGGCGUCUUCGUGCUCUGCUGGUUCCCCUUCUUCUUCGUCCUACCGCUUGGCUCCCUGUUCCCGCAGCUGAAGCCGUCGGAGGGCGUCUUCAAGGUCAUCUUCUGGCUCGGCUAUUUCAACAGCUGCGUAAACCCGCUCAUCUACCCUUGCUCCAGCCGCGAGUUCAAGCGCGCCUUUCUCCGCCUGCUGCGCUGCCAGUGCCGGCGUCGCCGGCGCCGCCGUCCCCUCUGGCGCGUCUAUGGCCACCACUGGCGGGGCUCGACCGCGGGCCCGCGCCCUGACUUUGCUCCCGGCCGCGACGCCGCGCCCCCUGGGGCCCCGCUGGCCCUCACCGCGCCCUCGGCCCCCGGCUCCCCCGACACGCCGGAGGCGCAGGCUCCCGUCGCCGGUCGUCGAAAGCCGUCCUGCGCCUUCCUCGAGUGGCGGCUGCUCGGGCCGUUCCGGAGACCGACCACUCAGCUGCGUGCCAAGGUCUCCAGCCUGUCGCACAAGAUCCGCGCCGGGAGCGCGCGCGCAGAGGCCGCCAGCACCCUGCGGGCGGAGGUGGAGGCGGUGUCCCUGGGAGUCCCCCACGACGUGGCUGAGGGCGCCACCUGCCAGGCCUACGAACUGGCGGACUACAGCAACCUCCGGGAGACUGAUAUUUAAGGACCCUGAGCGAGCCGAGGAGUGUGCUGGGGGAGGAGAAAAGGGGCUGCGGGUGGGGGAACGGGAGUGG